GCGAAGCGAAGCCUCGGUGAAAAGCAGCCAGCACUGAACGCAGGAGGAAAACAGUGACAACGAACCGACUCCACGGAGACAUUUUAACCGUCCGACAUCCCGACCCUCCGACAUCAGCCCGAUAACUGAUUUACCUUGCCAUUUACCAGCUUACGUUGCCAUGAGAAUGGCCAACGGACUUCACACCGAUCAAAUCAGCUUCUUCUAUCAACCUGAAAUUGCUCAGAAUCCAAAGAGUAAGGGAAGAGUUCCUUCCAUAAUGAACCCUGUGUACAGUCCUCUCCAGCCAGGGAAUCCCUAUGGCAACCCCAAGAACAUAACAUACGCAGGCUACCCCACGGGCUACUCCGCGGCUGCCGUUCCCCAAGCGUAUGCACACAGUGUCUACCACACCGGCAAUGCGGCCUUCCCCCAAGUGCUGCUGCUGAAGCAGGGCUGGCCCCAGGCGUCUAUGGAGAUGGCGGGGGCCCAAGAGGGUCCCUAUGACCCGGCCCUGGACGCAGGCUCUGAUGGCCGACAGUACCAGGCCUCGGCCACAGCCUUCAGGUACACAGCAGGUACCCCGUACAAGGUGAACCCCAUGCAGUCGACCGGGGCACCUCCACCUUACUCCCCGUCUGCCAACCCCUACCAGAUGUACCCCAUCAGGAGUAUCUACCCCCAGCAGAACCUCUACGCCCAGCAGGGGGCGUACUACACGCAGCCGGUCUACGCGGCGGCCCAGCCCCACGUCAUCCACCACACCACGGUGGUGCAGCCCAACAGCCUCCCCUCCACCCUCUACCCCACGCAGGUCCCCACCGGAGCCCCCUCCCCAUCUCCCGCGCCCGCCCCCCGCUCCGGUGCCUUGCCAAUGGGCAUGGUUAGCGGCACCACCAUGGCCAUGUCCACAGGCACCCUGCUGACCACACCCCAGUCCACUCAGCACAUGGGAGCCCAGUCGGUAACCAUGCCAACCUACCGGCCCCAGGGGGCCCCUGGGUACAGCUACGUGACCCCCCACUGGUAGAACCACCUGCAGCCCCCUCUCCCCCUGAUGUAAGCAGCCAGCCUCAGAACUCGUCGAGUUCCACUUAGAGACAACGUGAUCUCCCCUUAACCAUCCCACGCUCCAUUCAUCUCACAAGCACACCACCUGCGCUUCUGUGAAUGCAUCGCUCGCGCCCACCGAUGGCAAGGAUAACAAUUUCACCCCACCAAUGAUAGUGACAUUUAGUCCAGCCCCUAAAACUACUUCUUCUCUUAAGCCUUAAAAGAGUAAUCACAUUUUUUAAAGAUUAAUCUCCAGGCACCACAUCAAACACUGUUGUACAGGGCGUUUCUAGAUGUACGAUAAUCAUCCCAUUUGUACGACAAUUCUGCCCCCUGGUAUGAGUCUUCAGUUGUUAAUGUCUCUCUCUCUCUCUCUCUCUCUCUCUCUCACUCUCUCUCUCUCUCUCUCUCUCUCUCUCUCUCUCUCUCUCUCUCUCUCUUCCUCUCUCUCUCUCUCUCUCUCUCUCUCUCUCUCUCUCUCUCUCUCUCUCUUUUGCUCUCGCUCUCUCUCUUCUCUCUCUCUCUGUCAUUCUCUGUAUCUCUCUGUUCAACUGCUAUGUCUCUUGCUCACAGUGAUAACAUCACGUAUUGCCUCCGUGGGGAUCAGAGCCGGGCUAGGCACCAGGAACAAGCAGUGAAACUGAAGGGCCGACUUCAUGUGUUUUUUGCGUUUUGUAACCGUUUUUUUUUUUUUGUGUCAACGUUAGACUGUUUGUUUUUAUUUUAUUUUAUUUUUUUAGCCAGCUGGAUUGUGGAUUGUCUUUGUUGUAUAUGUUCAGCACUCUUCAAAUCCAAACACUGGCACAUUGUACAGGUCCUCUCUUGUAUAGUUGUGGCUUCUUAACAUGUUGGUGUCUGUAUAUAUGUUCUUUGGUUCUGAAAACUGAACAAAAAGCUUAUAGCGGCCAGUCAGUUCCUUCAGCAGUGAGAAUGUAAAUAUUACUUUGAAUGCUGACGUUUUCAUAGAUCUGUUUUGUUAUGUUUUGUAAAUAGGCCCUACUUAGCUCAACCAUAACUUCCCAGUUAUUUAAUGGGAACAACAUUUCAUAAUUAGUUUGCCUUUCUGUUUGCGAAUAAGGUUGCAUUUCAACCGUGCAACCCUGUUGGGACUGUUAGACACCAGGUGUCUGUCAGUUGUAUUCUAUUCAACCCUGUUUGUUUUUGUAGAUUAUAAUUUUCUUUUUCUUUUUUUUUUUUUAAUUUCAUGAUAUUUUUAGUUUUAGUGGAAAUAGAUUCCGCUGAAUGCUAGCACUGAUGUGGUGGACCCUCUUAUGUCGGGACACCUUCAAACAACGUUUGCAAAGCCAUGUAGAAGAUGUCAGCCUUGCACAUCACCUAUAGCGUACCAAGAAAUUAAAAACCAUAUUUAGUAACACUCGAUAUAUUCUAUAAGUGGUAUCCUUACAUGUUUCGCUGGGUGUACUGUACGUGAGAGUGAGUAGUCAGGAGUAUGUACGCACAUUCAACGCGAGGACUCGCAGUACACUUUAAGCACCGCAAGAGCGUAUAGAAAGUCCACAUAUGCACAUUUAGGCUGUACAGACGUCAUGGGGGCCUAUAUUUCACCGGGUCUGUGUACACACGUGGACACUUGUGUACGUAAGACUUGUGCAUAUACACAAGUCAACACUUGUGUAUAAAUGCCUUAUACUAAGAGUAUAAAGGAUUGUUUUUUUUGUUGGCUUGUUCCAAGUGAGUGUGUUUGUAUGUGUGUGUGUGUUUAAUAUAUAUAUAUAUAUGUGUAUAUACAUAUAUAUAUCUAUAAUAACUGUGGAAUACAUCAAAGUAGAAUACAAAUAUGUACAGCUGAGGGCCGACAUUCUCCUCGCGUUUCGAAGUUCUUCAGUGUUUUUGUUCUGUUUUCAGUGACCACCUUAGACACUUGGCGUUGUGUCUCAAAGGUCUCUACUUUACAUCCACUAUCAGAUCAAAGGUGGCCGUACUGUCUGUAAUUACAAAGGUAAAACUAUGAAUAUCGUCAAACACUGUUGUCACAAUGUGUCAGGGUGGGUUGUUGCUCCUCAGGCUUUGUAGCUGCAAGGUCAGACAGGCUUCGACAUGAUCCUUGAAGCUCACAAGCCAAAGGGCAGUGCUCCUCUUUGGCACACAUUUGAUUCUAUUUAAUUGUAUUCUACAGGGUAUGUGUAUGAAAAUAUACACACAUACACACAAAAGACUAUACUGGUGUUGGGUAUCGUCCUGUCCCGAACCAGGGCUUUGUGGUUGACGUCAUCAUUCAAAAAGCUUGGUCUAUGCAUAAACACGCAGGAUGCAGAGAACAAUAAACUGGGUUUGACUUUCUGAAUGCUAGUUGGUAGGGGGGUUCAGUUAUCCAGUGCAUGCGGACCUCGCAAUACGAGCCCAGCGAUAACCUCACUAACUUGCGAUGUAAUACCUGAAUGGUUGGAUGGGUUUUCCCCCAGCCGGAAUACCACACCGCCCACCCGCCCUCUUCCUGGACACAAUGCCAGGGUUGGAUGGAAGGAAGUUUGCUCAUGGGCCACGACCAGGGGAACACGCACAUUGACUUCAGGGGUUUAGGUUCUGCUGCUUGGCGUGGGUGUGUGUGUGUGUGUGUGUGCGUGUGAUUUGAGUUGUGUUGCUUGACGUGGAUGUGUGUGUGUUUGAAUAGGAGUGCUAGAUUAGAAACAUUUGCACAAAGACGUAACGGUAAUCUAUGCCAUUUAGAAAGGCAACUCAUUACAUUUUGUUGGCUUCUAUUGGGUUGUAUAUGAUUUGAUUCUAGGUUCAGGACAUUAGAACUGUCCCCUCAAAGCAAGUCUGUGUACUAUUGAUAUAGUCGUCAGAGAGUAGAUAUUUUCUGGUAUUUUGGUUACUGUAAUGUCGUGAUAAUGUCAGUCCUAAUGUUUAUCAUUUAAGUCCUAUUGUCCGAUUUUAGCUUAACUAAUUGAGCCGCCACCCGCUCAGUCACCAUAUCCACACUAUAGGGAAUAUCUCCACAUUUUCUCAUGAGCAUUGAACAGCUAAUGCUAAAACACAUUUGUUGGGUCAUCAUUGAAAUGAACAUACUGGGUCAAAACGUGCUUUUGGCUUUUAGCAAUAUGGUCCUGGUCUAUUUCCAGUCUACUGUUGAUACUAGGGGGUGACUUUUACCUUACUGAAACCUAUAGCAUCGGGAGCAUUUUCUCCUGCUUUCCACAUGAUGUGAAGCCAGAUGUAAUGUAAUGCAAGGCCUGGGACAAUGCACAUGACUAUUAAACAGACACCAGUCAAUGUGAAUGUUGUGUUUCAUGCUAAAUCGAGGGGGUUCAACCUGUAUUCUACAAAUAUUCUUAUGCAUAUCGUCCUUAAAUUGCUAAAAGAUAUCUGCUCUAUUAAUAAUUCCAAUUGUGGUAUUUUUGUUUUAAAAUAGGGAGAAGGCAUUGUUUUGCAAACCAUAAGAUUCGCUUUGCCAUAAUCGGCUAUUGUUAUUAUUACCUAUAACCAUUGAUAAGGCAAAUAUUCAUGUUAAUUGCUUGCAUUUGUGACAGGACAGAUGGACAUCAUGUUAACUGUCUAUAGUCUACAUCUCCCUUGACCUUUCAACAUGUAAUCAUGUAUCCCCCCCUCUCUCUCACACACACAUACGCACACACACACACACACACACACAUAGAAACAGACACACACACACACACAGAGACUACACACACACAUACAGGACACAAACUCUGAGUAAUAGUAAUAGUGGUUAAUUUACAAGGAUAUAACGCCUACUUGCAAGUAUAAGAUAAAAGUAUGGCUUGUGAUCAAGGCAUAUAGGCAUGACAUGGUGCAUUACGGCGACAUUGGUGUAUAAUGAGAUUUUGCACUUCGCACAUUCGGUUUUUCCGUCCGUUGUAGUCACAAGUAUUUCAAAGUGCAAGGAAGCUCGCUCUAAUUAUUGUCGAGUAUUGGGUAUGUCGCCAUCUAAAAAAAUAUUAUAGGUCUGUUUGUUACAUGGUUACCUUUGGUCAAACAAAAGUUGAUACUUUACAACUGUAUGUCUUCCAAAAAACAUAUGUCGCCCAAAAUUUAGUUUAGUGUGCAUCUUGUGAUACAGAAUCUACCAGCCAAUUAGUUAGACUGUAAUGCUGGCUCUUAAGAAAGCAGCUGUGACGUUGGAAUCUAUCCUAUGGUCUAUGUAUGGGUUAAGGUCAACAAGGGCACAGCCCUGCUAUUAAUGUGUGCAGAUCAACUGUAAUUGCUUUUUUUAUGUUGUAGUUCAUGAACGACGCGACAGGAAUUUGUAAACCUUAUUGUACCAUCUUUAAGAUUAAAAAAAUAUAUAUUAAAGAAAAACUUUGAGUACAAACCCA